AUGACUACAGCCUCAUUCCAUUAUAUUAAAUUUACUGAUGAAGAAUUAUUUGUUAACAGGUGUGCACUGAGAUCGAUGAAACGAGAAGAACAGGCUGGUCCCAACUUCCACUACAAGGUCAGCUACAAAAGGUUACGAGGUCACGGGAUCGAUGAUGAUGAUGAUGACGAUGACGUCAGCGAUGAUGAAGUCGUACAACAGAUAUUCGACUUGAACGCCAACAACCUGAGUGUCCCGAACGUGGGGGUCUACAGAGCCUUCGAGAUCUACGUGCUGGCCGUCAAUGAGAAGGGCAGUGCCCACAAUGUCAAGAAGAUCAUCGGGUACUCUGGUCAAGGAAAACCAAAAGUUGUACCAAAGAACUUGAAACUGCUGGAACACACUCUCACCUGGAAGAAUGCCACCUUCGAGUGGGACCCGGUCGUUGAUGACGUCAGCCUGAUACAAGGCUAUCUGACAGGGUACAAGAUACACUACUGGCGGACAGACCACCCGAAUGAUGUGAGAACAGUCUACGUGAGCGUCAGACCGUGGAUCCCCUGCCAGCAGGUGCACAAGAGGAAGCGACACAACAGGAACAUCCGCGGUAAUGGAAGAAAUGGCAAGAAGGUCAAUGGUACUGUCACCAAUCUCUGGCCCGAUGCCACCAUCAAUGCUGCCGUGAUGGUGGUAAACGGGGGAGGAGCUGGUGACCUCAGUGAUCCAAUCAGCUUUAAGACGCCAGAAGGAGACCUAAAAGUGGUCGAGCGAGGUUCUGACCAUCUGAAGAUCAGGUGGAGUCCUCCCAAGGAUUCAAACGGAAAUCUCACUGGUUUUGAAAUACAUUACAAGCAAGGUGGACGCUCCUCAAUAAAUUUUGAAAACAGAUGGGUCUUGAGAUCCGCUUUGAACUUCGCAAGUGAUGGAGAAGUAGUCAGAGAAGUAGGUAGAGAGUUCCAGAGAAAAGGACCAGUAAAAGCAAAAGCAGAUUUAGCAAAAGAUUGUUUAACACGAGUUAAGAAAAAGCGAGAAGACGAUCGUAAACCGGGGCGUUUAGCUCCCCCAUCAAUGGAGUCAAAAAAGGAGGUGCUCAUAAACGACACGAACAAGUUGGAGAAAAAGUUGAUGGACCUGAAGCCUGGCAAGCCCUACCUGAUUACUGUCUACGGCACGACGAAGGCAGGCAGAGGUAGCGAGAACUUCAUCGAGGAUCGUACCAGGCCCGAAGCAGCGCCCACUCCGCCAAUUAUGGGACCGAUCGAAAUAGGAGAUGAUUACAUCAACGUAUCCUGGACACCCACUGAUGAUCCUGAUGAUCCCAAUCAAAAUCCUGGCAGCACAUUUGCAGUUGAAUACAAACCAACAGAUCCAGACAAAGCAGACGAUGAUGCAUCUUCAAGUGAUCAAGGUCCUGGAUUAGGCGGAGGCAAACCUUCAGAAGAUGAUGAUGAUGACACUUAUGAUGAUGAUGACGACGGCGAUGAGGAUGACGACAGUGACGGCGGUAACGAUGAUGACCAUGAAAAGUCUCCAGACGACCAAAAGCCAACAGGUGUAUUAUCCGGCUUUGAUAAAAUAAAAACCACUAAGAAACCGAGCGGAUCCAUAGACGAUUUAGAUUCUGAAGACUACAGAGAUUCUGAUGAUGAAGACAAACCUGUUGGACCAGAGACUCGUCCUCAUGAUCGUCCCAAGGAUAGAGAUAAAGAUGCUCCUGAGAGAAGUAAAGAUGAUUAUUCUGGUCCCGGUGGUCAACAACCUCCAAAAGAUAGUCGUCCAACAAAAGAUGGCCGACCAGACGAUAAACAACCAGGCAGUGAUUCAGACGACGAUAAAAGUGAUGAUAAUGACGACGAGGAUGAUAGCAGGCACACUCAUGAUGAAGGUGGUGAUGAUGGUUUUGGAGGUCCUGUAAGUCAAAAACCAGAUGGCUCUAAAAAACCUAGCACCAAAACUGAAAAACCUGACGAUGGCACUGCCAGAUCCGAUGGUGAUAGUAAACCCGAUGGAUCUAGUGGACCCGAUGGUACUGGAAGACCCGACGAUAGUGGUAAACCAGAUGGUUCUAGUGGAAAAGAUGGUUCUGAUGGUCGUCCUGGCGGUGGAGAUAGUGAUCCGAAACGCCCAAGUGAUAAACCUGGUGGAGAUGAUAAAGAAACUGGUAAUCCUGAAGAUAGCGACGGAAAACAGGCUGGUGCUGGAAAAAUUGGCGACACCGAAGGGCCUGAUGGGGACGGUGGAGAUGGAAGGCCUAAAAAACAACCUGGUGACAAACCAAGAAAGCCAGUAGAAGAUGAGAACAUUAAACGUCCAGUUGAUCGUUUUCCUAGUGAUGAUCAUGAUCAUCCAAGACGUGAACACCCAAGAACAGAUGACGACGAUUUUGUUGAAAACGAAAAAUUAGGGCCGCAUGUAGUUGGACCAGGUCCUGGUUCCCAAGAUGGGCAAGAUAGACCCCGCAGUGAUAAUUAUAGGCCGGAUGAUGAGGGUGUUGGAAGACCAGGUGGGGCAGGAAGACCAGGCGGUGGCAAUGACAAAGGGAUCCUUCAUCCUAAAACAACUCCAAAAGUUCCAAAAAAAAAAGGACAGAAAAAAGGCAAAAAGAAGGGGACGUGGAAGAGGACAAUUCCAGAAUCUGAAAACAAUUGGAUUAACGUUACCGAUCUGAAGCCUGGAGCUACUUAUGAUGUAAGAAUUGUUGCCAAAAAUAAAGGGGGCAAAGAAGCCAAAACUAACGCCACAAAAAUUGUUGUAAUACCGGAAACAAAAAGUAAUUUUUAA